AUGUCAUUCUUGUAUAGUGAUUGUCUUUCUUAUGCAGCUGUAAAACAAAUUCCACCAUCCGAUAGCGUGGAUAUUUUAGCGAAGUCAUAUGAUUUAAAGGAUGAUGGUUCAUAUGGUUGGGAAUAUGAAACUGGUAAUGGAAUAACUGCAUCUGAAAAUGGUAAAGGUGGUGAAUUUGCCAAAGGUGUCUUCGAGUGGACUAGCCCAGAAGGUGAGCAUAUUUCAGUGCAAUAUACUGCCGAUGAAAAUGGUUAUCAACCAUCUGGAUCACAUGUACCAGCUGUACCAGAUUAUAUUGUAAGAGCUUUAGAAUGGGCUAAAGCUCAUCCAUAUGUUGAACAUUAA